AUGUCCAAGUUCAUCGCGAUGAUCCUCGUCUCGGGCGCGCAGACCCUCGCCCGCGCGUUCAUCCAGGCCUACGGCCAGGCCCUGCACAACGCGCGGCGGUCCGGAAUGAACGCCGAGAACGUGAAGCGCGCCGCGGUGCGCAGCAAGAUGACGCUCGAGGAGGCGCGGCAGAUCCUGGAGAUCGACGCGGGCGCCACGGCGGAGCAGGUCGAGGAGCGGUUCCGGCACUUAUACCGGGUGAACAAGGAGUCGGGCACGUUCUACCUGCUGAGUAAGGUGUACAGGGCGAAGGAGCGGGUGGACCAGGAGGAGGGGCGGGAAACGGUCGACCCGCGCGCGGAGGAGGCGCAGGCGGGGGAGGGGGAGGCGGGGGGGGGUGAAGAGGGGGGGGCGCGGGCGCGAAAAGGCGACGGCGAGGGCGGCGGGUAG